CCUUAAAUGACAGCAAAUGAGGUAGAGCCAGGAGGGUGGGGACGGAAGGGGCGGGAGGGGCCCCGAGGAAGCCAUCUCCGGGGCCCGAGCCUGGCUGAGGACCGGAGCCAGCCAGUGAGCGGAGGCGGGGAGAGGGAGGAGCAGAUCUUGAUGCAGAGAUGCUGCAGUGGCUCCGGGAGCGCACACAAGCGCGCCCUCUCUGCCGCCACCACCGGACAGCCAGAGGCUGAGGCCGGGGGGCCGGGCAGCUGCCCGAGAGCUGGCGGCCGGGCCGCCGCAGCUCACCGACCCAGGCAGCAUCCGCCUGCCCAGCCGACCCCUUCCUUCACUGCAGGCUGUGCGGCCUCGCCUGCCUGCUCAGCGCCGUCUCCUCCCAGGUGCUUCUCAGCCUCCAGCGCCCCGGAGCCAGCCUGAGGCUCCUCCCCUCGGAUCCCCCUGCACCUUGACAGCCCACCAUGGGGACACGCCCCAGGACCAAGCCACACCUGCUGCUGCUGCUGCUGCUGCUGGCCACCAGGGCCCUGGUCUCCUCCCCAGCUUGGAAUUUAGCCCAGGGAUCCCCAGCCGCCUUUGGGCCUGUCUUUGAAGACCAGCCUCUCGGCCUGCUGUUCCCAGAGGAGUCCACAGAGGAGCAGGUGACCCUGGUGUGCCGGGCCCGGGCCAGCCCGCCUGCCACCUACAGGUGGAAGAUGAAUGGCACAGAGAUGAACCUGGGACUAGGCUCUCGUCACCAGUUGGUGGGGGGCAACCUGGUCAUCAUGAACCCCACCAAAGCCCAGGAUGCUGGCGUCUACCAGUGCCUGGCCUCAAACCCCGUGGGGACCGUCGUCAGCAGGGAGGCCGUCCUCCGCUUCGGCUUUCUGCAGGAAUUCUCCAAAGAGGAGCGAGACCCAGUGAAAGCCCACGAAGGCUGGGGGGUGAUGCUGCCCUGUAAUCCACCUGCCCACUAUCCAGGCUUGUCCUACCGCUGGCUCCUCAACGAGUUCCCCAACUUCAUCCCAACGGACGGGCGUCACUUCGUGUCCCAGACCACAGGGAACCUGUACAUCGCCCGGACCAAUGCCUCCGACCUGGGCAACUACUCGUGCCUGGCCACCAGCCACAUGGACUUCUCCACCAAGAGCGUCUUCAGCAAGUUCGCACAGCUCAAUCUGGCUGCAGAAGAUCCCAGGCUCUUUGCGCCCAGUAUCAAGGCCCGGUUCCCUGCAGAGACCUAUGCGCUGGUGGGACAGCAGGUCACCCUGGAAUGCUUUGCCUUUGGGAACCCAGUCCCCAGGAUCAAGUGGCGCAAAGUGGACGGCUCCUUGUCCCCGCAGUGGGCCACCGCCGAGCCCACCCUGCAGAUCCCCAGCGUGAGCUUCGAGGACGAGGGCACCUACGAGUGCGAAGCGGAGAACUCCAGGGGCCGCGACACCGUCCAGGGCCGCAUCAUCGUGCAGGCGCAGCCCGAGUGGCUCAAGGUGAUCUCAGACACAGAGGCCGACAUAGGCGCCAACCUGCGUUGGGGCUGCGCGGCCGCCGGCAAGCCCCGCCCCACAGUGCGCUGGCUGCGGAACGGGGAGCCCCUGGCCUCCCAGGGCUCGGCACAGAACCGGGUGGAGGUGUCGGCCGGAGACCUGCGGUUCUCCAAGCUGAGCCUGGAAGACUCGGGCAUGUACCAGUGCGUGGCCGAAAACAAGCACGGCACCAUCUACGCCAGCGCCGAGCUGGCCGUGCAAGCUCUGGCCCCGGACUUCCGGCAGAACCCCGUCAGGCGCCUGAUCCCCGCGGCCCGGGGUGGGGAGAUCAGCAUCGCCUGCCAGCCCCGGGCGGCGCCCAAGGCCACAGUGCUCUGGAGCAAAGGGACUGAGAUUCUGGUCAACAGCAGCAGGCUGACAGUGACGCCAGAUGGCACCUUGGUUAUAAGGAACAUCAGCCGCUCGGACGAAGGCAGAUACACCUGCUUUGCUGAGAACUUCAUGGGCAAGGCCAACAGCACGGGCGUCCUGUCUGUGCGAGAUGCAACCAAGAUCACCCUGGCCCCCUCCAGUGCUGACAUCAACUUGGGUGACAACCUGACCCUACAGUGCCAUGCCUCGCAUGACCCCACCAUGGACCUCACCUUCACUUGGACCCUGGAUGACUUCCCCAUCGACUUCGAUAAGCCUGGGGGCCACUACCGGAGGGCCAGCGUGAAGGAGACUGUUGGGGACCUAACCAUCCUGAGUGCCCAGCUGCGCCAUGGAGGGACGUACGAGUGCAUGGCCCAGACGGUGGUGGAUAGUGCGUCGAAAGAGGCCACCGUCCUGGUCCGAGGUCCGCCAGGUCCCCCGGGAGGCGUGGUGGUGAGAGACAUCGGUGACACUACCGUCCAGCUUAGCUGGAGCCGUGGCUUUGACAACCACAGCCCCAUUGCCAAGUACACCCUGCAAGCUCGCACCCGACCUGCAGGGAAGUGGAAGCAGGUUCGGACUAAUCCUGCCAACAUCGAGGGCAACGCUGAGACCGCCCAGGUGCUGGGCCUCACUCCCUGGAUGGACUAUGAGUUCCGGGUGUUAGCCAGCAACAUCCUGGGUACUGGCGAGCCCAGUGGGCCCUCGAGCAGAAUCCGGACCAAGGAAGCAGUCCCUUCGGUGGCACCCUCAGGACUCGGCGGAGGAGGUGGAGCCCCCGGAGAGCUCAUCGUCAACUGGACUGCAGGGCAGCAGCAGCUGGCAGACGGCCCGAGUGCCUGGCGCCGACACCCAGUACUUCGUCUACAGCAACGAGAGCAUCCGGCCCUACACGCCCUUCGAGGUCAAGAUCCGCAGCUACAACCGGCGCGGGGACGGCCCCGAGAGCCUCACGGCCACAGUGUACUCUGCCGAGGAAGAGCCCAGGGUGGCCCCCACCAAGGUCUGGGCCAAGGGCAUCUCAUCCUCGGAGAUGAACGUGACCUGGGAGCCUGUGCAGCAGGACAUGAACGGGGUCCUCCUGGGGUACGAGAUCCGCUACUGGAAAGCUGGGGACAAAGAAGCAGCUGCCGACCGAGUGAGGACAGCAGGGCUGGAGACCCUUGCCUGCGUCACCGGUCUGCACCCCAACACCAAGUACCAUGUGACCGUGCGGGCCUACAACCGGGCCGGCACUGGGCCCGCCAGCCCUUCCACCAAUGCAACAACCAUGAAGCCCCCGCCUCAGCGACCUCCAGGCAACAUCUCCUGGACCUUCUCCAGCUCCAGCCUGAGCAUCAGGUGGGACCCUGUGGUCGCCCUCCGAAACGAGUCUGCAGUCACAGGCUACAAGCCUCAGGAGUCUUCAAAACCCAAGGAGGGAGCCACACAGGACUCGAGGCCGGAGCUGUGCGGGCCCCUCCCAGUGACCUGAGCAGAGCCGGGUGGAAGGCUGCUCCCCGCUGUAAGGACAUCUUCCUGCAGAUGCUGUACCAGAAUGACUUACACCCCACUCCCAUACUGCACCUCACCAGCAAGAACUGGAUAGAAAUCCCCAUGCUGGAGGACACUGGCCAUGCCCUGGUACAGAUUCGGACCACAGGGCCCGGAGGGGAUGGGAUCCCUGCAGAAGUCCACAUCGUGAGGAAUGGAGGCACGAGCAUGAUGGUGGAGAACGCAGCAGCCUGCCUGGCCCCACACCCCAGCGCCAUCCUCUCCCGCUCCGUGCUGAUGCUCAUCCUCAUAGGCUACCUGGAACUCUGAGCUCAGAGCCCUCCCUCCAUGCCACAGCUGGACGCCCACCUCCCACUGACACUGCCAGCUGGCCCUGGCCCCUUCCAGAUGCCACAAUGGCCCAAUGCUGUGCGGAGGGGCUGGCUUUACACACCUGCUUUAAACAGUACCCUUCUGUUGGAAGCAGGGUACUUCAUAUUCUGCCACUGAAGAGCACGACGCAAGGAUUUUUUUCUUUGAAUUGAGGCACCGGGCAGUGACUUCCAUAAUGAUGCUGAGCCCACUGCCUGGGCCCCUUGAGGUCCUGGAUGGAAGGAACAGGCCUAUUGGGAAAGGGUUUUAAUAUGCAUCUUCAAAGCAGCAGAGAUGGCACUCUGAGACCACACGUGGCUCUGCCACCUGACAGCAGUCUUGGGCCCAGCAGGACACUGGGCAGGAACAGGCUAAAGAAGUGGGACAAAGCCUAAACAUCAACCUCCUUCAGCUAAAGAGAAGGCAAACCCUGGGACCAUAGCUGCCCUAGUCCCCCAAGGCGUGGCAUGAUGGGAACUGGCGUUGUCCUCCAUGACCCUGCCUGCCCUGGUAGUUGAGACCCAGGGCCCCAAUGCCCGGGGCUGGGAGCCCCAGCUCCUUUGGUGUGAGGGGUGAGGCUCCAGGCUGCUGCAGGGGGAGCUGCAAAGGGUUGAGGCUGGGACCCCUGGUGGAAGGGGUGCCUGCCCAGGCCUGAGGCAUGGUCACCAUCCAGGUGACACUGCCCUCCCAGCCAACACUGCCAACCCCCCCCCCGUCACCCCAAGGGUGACAGAGCCACUUUAGGUGGCUGGGUGACCUAAGGGCUUGCUUUGGGGAUGUCCCCCACCCUGCCAAGACCCAUGCCGCACAGCCCCCUGCCUUCUCCAGCCCUGCCUCUGCCUCCUCCACCUGCAGGCCCAGCCGCAGGCCGGAGUGCAACAUCCGCUCUGUCCUCCCUCGUCCUGAGGCUGGGAGGCCCCUGAGAAGGCAAGGAGCAACGUGACCCUGCCUGCUCCCAGGAAUUCUCCGGAGUGCCUGGCAAGACCAGAUCCCCAGACCACUCUUCCAUUUCCAGAGGAAAAGGGGUUAAUAAAGGGACAUCCUGCCUUGAGCUCAGGGUGCGUCACCAGUCACAGACCAUCAGAGCCGGAAGAGGCCUUAGAGCUCGAUUUGUCCACACGCUGCCCUUCACAGAUGAUGAAAAGGAGGGCCAAAGAGGGUUAGGGACACCUCCAGAUCCCAGCCUGAGAGUGCCAGGGCUGGGGUAAGCACAGGAGUCUCCUGCCUGCCUGUUGGAGGCAGUGCUGAUUGGCUUCAGCCUGGCUGUGAGGGUGGCUGAGGCCAGAGGGGGAUGCGCCUCCUCCCUGAGGGUUCAGCUGGCCAUCACGGUAUCGGCCUGGCCUGGCCCACCUCCCAGUGCAGGCAGAUUCCUGGAGACAUCGGGCCCUCUUUGCCUUCUUAGCCUGGCUUCUGCUGGGAACUCAACAUGCUGUGCUGGCUUGGAGGCCCUAUCCCCCUGACCCUUGCUCCAGAAAGAGGCCAAAGCAAGGACAGAGUCCCCAGAUGGAGGCCACAGUGGCAGUACAGCCAGAAUCCCCAAAGCCUGCACUGAUGGGGCCACUCAUGUUCAGGGGCAACGGGAUGGGCAUCCGGAAGGGAUCUGCCCCCCAAAGACCCUGAGCCUGUUUUCUGUAGUUUACAGUUAGAGCUCUAUUUUGUUAUGGUUUUUUAAACUUCUAAGUCCUGCUCUAUUUUGUUGGGCAGGUUUAUGUUGAUGUUUACCCACUACGGUUUUUUAAAAAUGUAAGCUCACACACCUUCUCCGAAGCCCCCUCAUCUGCUCCCCAUCCCCACAUGAGGGCGCUGAGGCUCCGCUCCUGACCAUUCUCCUCGAAGGGACUCCAGGUAGUCUAGCCUCCUCUCUCUGUCCCCUGCUGGCUGGGAUUUGGCCUGUGCCCAGCUAGCUUCUAUGCUUUGUCCGAUUCUCUCCUCACUUCUCAGCUUCUGCAGGGAGGCAGGGGACAGGGGUCUAGUUCUUGGACUGGGGUCUGACCUGGCUUGGCACGGGCCGGAAGCUUGCUUGAAGAAAUACAACCAAACACUUCCUUCUAAUGAGGUCCAUGAGGAAGAGGAAGGUGGAUCUGCUGGGAGACCCAGGGAACAUUUUAACCAAGAAACUCUGACCACUGUGCAGGUAGAAUUUGUUUGGGGAUGUAGAACUGUACUAAAGGCAGACGGUCCUGCAGCCUGAGAUUCCAGGUAGAGUGCUAAGGUUUGCUGAGAUGAGGUGACUUGAGGACAUGCACGCUUGCAAAGCCCUCUUGCUUGGACAUGUGCUUGCUUGGAGGAGCAGACUAGGCUACACAGCUUCUCAGUCUCUUCCUGGCGAGGGUCUGCUGAUUUCUGUCUCCUCUGCUGAGGCGGGCUCAGGGAGCUGAGUGGGGUUCAGCCCAUCCCCAUGACUCAGUUCUAGGUUCCCUUCUCAAACACCAAGCCCCAGAGGAGGCGACAAGGGACACAGCUUGCCCUACAGCUGGGUGCCCAGUGAAUAGCCUGAAGAUGGGACAGCCAGCUAGCAGGCAGCUGUUCAGGAGGCAGGUGCCCCAUCUGCACACGGAGGGGCUGGCCACAGGCUUGCCUUUGGGUCCUAGCAGUGCAGGGCAGGGCAGCUUUCUCCAGUCAUCUCCAGGCCUUUGAGGUCAUCGUCUGCUUUCAUUCAGGGCAGGAAUAACUGCUGGUGUCAGAGUGGCAGGCCAUGGGGCUGGGGGUAUCUUUUUAUUUGUUAAAGUAAUAACAGGAGAGACUGGAAUGAGGUAUCAGGGAAAGCUUCUGCCAUGAGACCCUGGAAUGAGUUCAGCAGCCUCUUGUCUAGGAACCUUUAGGAAUUUUGAGUGUCGUGGAGGGGUCUGGGCCACGUGAAGUUGUGACGUAAGGGGUGGGAGAUGCCUGAAGUUCUUCCAGAGCCGAGAUUCUUAGAAUUGAGUGUUGAACACAGGAAAUCUUGGAGGGGCCAUCUGCUGUGGUCGGGCACCUUACAGGAAGCCAUAAAGGGGGAAGGCUCACCCCAGGGAUUGUGGUUACCACCCAGUGCCUUCCCCAGUGGGCACUGCCCCUGGGCAGUCCCAAGAGCCAUCCACCUGCACUCAGGGUGAGAGCCCCAAAUGUAAGAUGGCUGAGGAUAUUUGACUCCCCUCAUCCCCUUCCCAUGUCCAGCUGAGACUGCCAGUGGGGCUCCUGUGCCUCGGGGGACAGCAGUACCUGCACACUGGUGUCCCUAGCAUAGGUGUGGUGCUGUCCCUCUAGCUCGGGUUGAACCUGGGCCAAAGAGGAAUUGGAGGGUCAGAGGGAAUUUUGCUGAGACUUAAAGAGUUCUGCAGAAACAGGCAUUUGGUGGGGCGGGGGCGCCCCGUGGACUUGUAUAUAUGCCAUAGGCUUUGGAAGGCAGGGCAAAAAGGACAGCUGAAGAGAAACAAAAGGGGUCUGAUGGCUUUGCCCAGAGCCCCAGGCAGCCUCAGGGGCGUAAGGCAUUUUGGGCCUUAGAUGGGCUGCACCUUAUGCCAGCUUACCACCCAUGUUGGGACCUUCGUAGCUUAGAGCUCAGGAACUGGCAAUGCUAGGCCUUCGCUGGAUCACUGACUUGAAGGAUUCUGUUCAAACGGAGCCACCCCACUGGACCCGAUUUUGCUCUUGUAGUUCUUGUAAUGGUAGCUAUUUAUUGACUCUGGUAGCAGGCAGUUCUUAAAUAAAGAUGUUUUCUCAACCCGUU